CACCGGAAAUUAAAAAAGAAAAGAGAGAGAGAGAGUUUUGUUUUCUAGUAUUAAAAACGGGCGAGUCGAGUCAAAACAUUGAGCCAUGACCCAGCCUUUCCCACUCGUGACUCACCAUUCCCCAAUCGCCCAUCCAAUUCUCACCUCCUGCGUCCCUUCCGUGCUCAUCUUUCCAUGUGUUUUAGCUUCUUUUGCCUCCAAAUUUUCGCAAAAUAUGUAAUUGUGUUGAAAUUAAUAACCCAUACCAUUUGACAGCAUUUUGGUUUCUGAUUGAGGAGUCUUUGGGUGUCUGCCACAGCACUCUAUGUUUGUUGCUUAUUUCGUUUUGGAUUACCAUAAUCUCAUUGUGCUUGUCAUGCACAAGGCUGAAUUAGGUGAACGUCAAUUUUGUUAUGGUAUAGGUUCCUGAAUGGUCAAGUUGAUGGCUCCAGCUCGCUCCUCUGUGUUUGCUGAUCCUGGAUGGGAACAUGGUGUUCCUCAGGAUGAGAAGAAGAAGAAGGUUAAAUGCAAUUACUGUGGGAAAGUAGUUAGUGGUGGGAUAUACAGGCUAAAGCAACAUUUAGCCAGAGUUUCUGGGGAAGUAACAUAUUGUGAUAAGGCUCCAGAAGAAGUGUUUCUCAGAAUGAAAGGAAAUUUGGAAGGAUGUCGUUCCAAUAAGAAAUCAAGGCAAUCUAACACUGGUGGACAUGUUUAUUUCAACUUCCACUCUAAUGUAAUUGAAGAGGAGGAAGAGCGAAUCAGUUAUAGAAGCAAAGGAAAGCUAUUCAUGGAAAAUAGAAACCCGGGUUUAAACUUGACCCCUCUACGGUCGUUAGGAUAUGUUGAUCCUGGAUGGGAACAUGGUGUUCCUCAGGAUGAGAGGAAGAAAAAAGUAAAGUGUAAUUACUGUGAGAAAAUAGUUAGUGGAGGUAUUAAUCGGUUUAAACAACAUCUAGCUAGAAUUCCUGGAGAAGUUGCACCUUGUAAAAAUGCUCCUGAGGAAGUCUAUCUUAAAAUAAAAGAGAACAUGAAAUGGCAUCGUACUGGGAAGAGACACAAACAACCUUAUGAAAAGGAGAUACCUACUUUUGAUGUGGGACCAAAUGAUGAAGAUGAAGAGCAAGAGGAAGAAGAUCAUAUUCUGCAUCAGAAGAGUAAGGAAAAGCUGAAAAUUGGUGAUCAUGGGUUGGGUAAAGAUUUGAGAAAGACUUUCAGAGAGCUAUCUUCUUCUAGUUGUUCUGAACCAUUACAGAAAAAAUCACGAUUGGGUUCUGUUUUUCUAAAAGGAGUGAGUGAGACUGCACUUUCUUGCAAAAAAGUGAAGGAGAAAAUAGGGUUUGGUAAGAAAUCUAGCCAGGAAGUUUAUUCUGCAAUAUGCAAAUUCUUUUACCAUGCAGGAGUUCCUUUGCAAGCAGCAAACUCCCCAUACUUCCAUAAGAUGCUGGAGUUGGUUGGUCAAUAUGGACAUGGUUUGGCAGGCCCCUCAAGCCAACUGAUAUCAGGUUACUUUUUGCAGGAGGAAAUUAAAACAAUAAAAAACUACCUUGUUGAAUAUAAAGCUUCCUGGGCAAUCACUGGUUGUUCUGUAAUGGCUGACAGUUGGGUAGAUACAGAGGGUAGGACAUUUGUUAACUUUUUGGCUUCUUGUCCCUAUGGUAUCUACUUUGUUUCUUCAGUUGAUGUCACUUACAUCUUAGAAGAUGCUUUAAAUUUGUUUAAAUUGCUGGACAAAGUGGUAGAGGAAGUGGGAGAGGAAAAUGUAGUGCAGGUAAUCACUGAGAACACUCCCACAUAUAAGGCUGCUGGCAAGAUGCUUGAAGAGAAGAGGAGGAAUUUGUUCUGGACCCCAUGUGCGAUCUAUUGUAUAGAUCGAAUGCUUGAAGAUUUUCUAAAGUUAAAAUGUGUGUGGGAGUGCAUUGAGAAAGGCCAAAAAGUUACAAAGUUCAUUUAUAACAAUGUUUGGCUGUUGAAUCUUAUGAAGAAAGAAUUUACCCAAGAGCAGGAACUUCUCAUGCCAUCUCUUACCCAGUUUGCUUCCAGCUUUGCAACUCUGCAGAACUUGCUUGAUCACAGGACAAACCUUAAAAGAAUGUUCCAGUCAAACAAAUGGAUUUCUUGUCAGUUCUCCAAAUCAGAUGAGGGAAAAGAAAUGGAAAAGAUCAUAGUAAAUGUGACAUUCUGGAAGAAGGUGCAGUAUGUUUGCAAAUCAGUGAACCCGGUAAUGCAGGUGCUUCAAAAGGUUUAUAAUGAUCAAGGUCUGUCAAUGCCCUUUGUAUAUAAUGACAUGUAUAGGGCAAAGCUUGCUAUCAAAGCCUUCCAUGACAAUGAUGCACGUAAAUAUGGACCAUUCUGGAGCGUGAUAGAGAAUCAUUGGAGCUUACUAUUCCACCACCCUUUACAUACAGCAGCUUAUUUCUUGAAUCCAUCAUGCAGAUAUCGCCCUGAUUUUGUAACACAUGCAGAAAUGGUGCGUGGACUGAAUGAAUCCAUUGCUCGGCUGGAGCCAGACAAUGCAAGGAGGAUUUCUGCUUCCAUGCAGAUAUCUGAUUUCAAUUCUGCAAAAGCUGAUUUUGGGACCGAACUGGCAAUUAGUACUAGAACAGAGCUUGAUCCAGCUGCAUGGUGGCAACAACAUGGGAUAAGUUGCUUAGAGCUGCAACGCAUAGCGGUGCAUAUAUUAAGUCAGACAUGCUCAUCUUCCGGGUGCGAGCAUAAGUGGAGCAUAUAUGAUCAGAUCCAUACCCUAAGAUAUAGUCGUUUAGCUCAGAAAAGACUGAAUGACCUUACCUAUGUUCAUUACAACUUGAGACUCAGAGAGAACCAAUUAAAGAAAAGGUCCAACAACUCAGUCUCCCUUGACAAUACUUUGGCAGAGCAUCUACUUCAGGACUGGAUUGCUGAGGCAGAGAAGAGAUCCUGGCAAGAGGAUGAGGAAAUCAGGUAUGGUGAAAAUGGAAUGGCAUAUGAAGACGAUAAUGAGAAUGAUAGAGUUGAUUAUGAAGGUGGAACUCAAGGGGCUCGAAAGGGAUCCAUGGAGCGCUUGAGCUUGGCUGAUGUGGAAUCUCAAUCUUUGGAUAUUGAUCCUGUCACUGACGAUGAAGAUGAUGGUGAUCUCAAUUAUUACAAUGAUGAUGUGAGCGAUUAGUUUGAAAUUCUUAUGGUUGAAGUCGAUGAACACAAAGUAAUCAAAGUGUAGAGAAGAGGGCAAAUAGAUGUUUUGCAGGAAUUGUAUCCUCCGUGGUAAAUUUACCAGGCAAUUACAUCAAACUAUGUAGUUGUUGUGUUCGUGUGUGUCAAUUAAACGUAAAAUUUUGUAGCUAACAAAUGUUGUAUGUUAUCUCAACCAAAACCAAUGUACUGAAAUACAUAUAUUCAUGGUUGUUAACUA